AGGUUGCUACCCACAUUUCUCAUUACAACUAAAUUUGCCCUUUGGCAUGGUUUUAUAACAAAAUUAAUUAUUUUGAUCAACUUUAUAAAUAAAAAAAUCUAUAUAAUUUCUUUGCUCCAUUUAUAGUGCCUCAUACUCACAAAGCUAGAAAAAAAAAAAGUUACAAAUUUUGGUCUUUAAUUUGAGGUACUAAAAAAAAUGGGCAAUAGUUUUGGUUCCAAAAAGACCACAAAGGUGAUGAAAAUAGAUGGUGAAACAAUGAAGCUAAAAACACCAAUAAAAGCUGGUGAAGUGCUUAAGGAUCAUCCAGGUCUAGUUUUGUUAGAUUCUGAAGCAGUUAAGCAUUAUGGUGUAAGAGCAAAAGCAAUUGAAGCACACAAAGAAUUACAACCAAAAAGGCUUUAUUUUCUUGUGGAACUUCCAAAGGAAAUAAAACCAAGAAGGGUUCGGUCGGGGAUCAAUAUGAGCGCCAAAGAUCGUCUUGAUAAUUUGUUGCUUGCUAGGAGAUCUGCUUCUGAUUUGUCGAUUAUGAAACCAAUGAAAAUCGAAGAUAAUGAUGGCGGUGGUGGUGGUGAAGAGAAAGAUGUUAAGGAGAAUGGUGGCGGAGUGAGGUUGAAAGUUAGGCUUCCUAAGGCUGAAGUUGAGAAGUUGAUGAGAGAAUGUAAAGAUGAAGCUGAGGCUGCUGAGAUGAUUAUGCAAUUGUAUAAGGCUCAUGGAGGGAGAGAAAAGGAAACUGAAGUUAAGGACAAAAUAAGGACACCAAGACAGAAGAGGGUGAGUUUUCUGCCAAUAAACGAAGGAGGGAUUCAAGUAGCUGUGGCUUCAUAAUAACAAACAUAUAUUGCUGGAGAAUUUCUCACCAUAUAUAAAGAGGAGAUUUUGCUAUGUUUAAUUACUUAAAUAAAAGUCAUGAUGUUAUUCAUUCAUACCAUGAGUGGGAUUACAAUUUACAAGUGGUUACUAUUUUUUAGGUGUCUUUAUGAAUUAGUUUCAUUUCAUAGAAUAGAAUAAUCUUUAGUAAAAUUAGUUGCUAUUUAUUUAUUUCGAAGAGACACCAGAGGGUCCAGUUGUGACUUGUGACCCGUAGUUGUAACUCCUAUAUGUACAUAUUUGGAGACUAUUGAGAACAAACAUUAAUGAAUGAAUGACUUUAUAGUUAA